UGUCGGUACUUUUGAAGGGUUGCCCUGCAGGACAUCCAAUAAGAAACUGUUUCAGGAUAGAGAGCAAAACAUAAAAGGAAGAAAGCGGAGGAUAACAGGAGAAGAGUUGCCCCAGGUAAAUGUUUAAUCUAUACCUGCCUCAUAUUUAUCAGAAUCUACUGUAUGUUGUCUCAAGGUUAUAGUGAACAUUGUCUACCCAGGUCUAGCCAUGCAGUACCUGACUGGAAAAUCUGUGCAUAUGACCUUCCUUGGUGCAGGUAGACAGUAUUUCUUGAUGUUCAAUGUACUAUAGCAAGUUGCUAUUUUCAAUUAAAUUGUGCUCCUUUGUUAUGUACCGCAACUACCUUGCAUUUAGGAGGGACACGGCUACAUAUAGAAGUACAGUCAUAGCUUAUUUUGGGUUUUACCAUAGAAAUGAGGGUGCAGUGAGGUAAGAACUAUCCUCUCUGCUUCUCAGAUUUCUGUCACAUUAAAGGGAUACCUCCGCUAAGUUCUCUCCUGAGUCCUAAUAGUGGACUUAGUAGAAAGUGUUUUAUUAAAACAUGUCCCAGGAUUCCCGCUCUUUCUAGAUUGACAUUUGUGUAAUGGUGUAAUGUUAUAUUUACGAGGGAACAGUGGGACAGCAUGUCUAUUUUGUCAGAGGUGUUUAUAAAAUGUGACCAGGACCACACACACAAUGUAUCAAAACAACCCCCCUCCCUGGUAGUUGUUAUUGUGGCAGGUAAAGAUAUACCUCUUGCCAGCUCCCGUAUUGUAGUGAUGUGGUAGGGACAUUGAUAUGACAUACUGAUGAGGGCACAUGGGUGCAGGACAGGAUGUUUUUUGACCUCAUGCCUCUGUCUACAUAUAAGGGAAGACUAUGUUGGCCUAAUUAUUUGAAUGGCAGAUAGUUGUCUUCCAGAUGUUGUGUUCUUUAGCUUGUUUACAAAUAAAGGCUCCACCUCAACACAAACAUUUUACAUUGUUUCCAGCUCAGAUUGAGAUGGAUUUUUUAAUUUUGAUCUGUUUAGAAUAGUCAGCCAGCCACUUUUGAUUGUUUGUGGGAAACAGACCUGGGCAGAAAAUAGUUAUAUUUUGUAGUUUAUGUAGUCAAAUAUAGUUUCAACUAAAAGGCAACUAUUUUCUUUUGAUAUUCAAAUACAGGUUGCAGAAAACCAAAUAUUAUUUGAAGGUAUUUGAAUAUAAGGAAGUUAUUUGAAAACAACAAAUAUGUAUUUGAAGGCUGCAAAAUAUAUGAUGAAGAACCAAAAACUACAACAGUUAGUUGAAUUAGUGUACAAAUAUGAUCAGAAGAACAUGGUUUGGAGGGCUCUUUGAUAUGAAUCUUAAUAUAGCCGAUAGUCUAGAAUCAAAUACAUGAGGUGCAUGGAAUCACCUCAACAUUAGAGUAGACCACUUUUGAAGCUUCAAAUACAUUUUCAUAAUGAGUCAGACAUAAGAUGAUACAGUAACACUUGACUGACUAUCUAUCUAUCUAUCUAUCUAUCUAUCUAUCUAUCUAUCUAUCUAUCUAUCUAUCUAUCUAUCUAUCUAUCUAUCUAUCUAUCUAUCUAUCUAUCUAUCUAUCUAUCUAUCACACUGUAUCAGAUAAAGAAAGACAGACAUCCCUUUUAUUAAAGGUAGGUCAUUCAAGUGAUGUUGGCCAUGUUUUUAAAAAAGUGUAGUAACUUUGGAACUUUCUUUAUAAUUGCACACUAAUGGAGUUAUUACAUACAUUGAAUAAGGAACAGUCAAACUCUCAGCUCAUUGCUAGGCAAUUAAAAUGUUAUUACCAAAAUAUUAUGUAACAACAUGCUAAUCAACUGUUGCUCCAAAAGUAAUUUGUUUUAUUACAGGCACAAUAACUUUUUAAUGUUAUGUCUUACUGAGAACGCUAACAGUAACAAUAUGGCUAUUAAGUGUAGAAAGGAAACUCAAUAUCCCAAAACUGCUUUCUUGAAUCAAAUACAGCCAAGGUAGGUUGAAAAUCAUGUUAGUUUGUAUACUAAGUAAACUAUCCCUUUAAAAAUUGUAUAGUGUGUGUUGGAAACAAGAACACUUAUCUGUACUAAAUAUAUUUGGGAGAAUGGACAUUUACAAAAUGUUCAGAUAGAAAUGUAUUGUGUAGCUCAAAUGAAGUUUCAUUUCAAAACGCUAUAUAUCCAUUUUCAGAAAUGUUGGUAAAUUAGCUUUUAUUGUUUAAAGAACUUUGAAAGAGAUGGAAUGGAUUUGUUCAUAGACAGAGACAUGUAUUUGUUUGAAAUCUAUCACUUGAUGGUUUCCUUUCAGAGAGACAAAUAAUCAUGUUUUGUUGCAAAAUGCCAUCUGCCUCACUCUCAGAGAAAUAAGUAGUACUGUUAGGAGGUUUUACACAGUCAAAUCUGACAAAUAACUAUUUUUUAAAUAAAGAACUGUACAAAUUAUACAUUUGUGACAUCAAUAUUUUUUUCAAUACAAAAAUUAAUCAAUACAGUAAUAUGAGAUCUGUAUGUAAAAUAUUUACAUUUACAUUUUAUUCAAUUAGCAGAUGCAUUAAUCUUAAAAUAGUUAGGUGAGACAACCACAUAUCAAAGUCAAAUAUACAGGAUACGAACAUUCCAUUUCAGCUAAACAAUGGAUAUAUAGCGUUUUGCAACAACUCGUUUUAAUACAUCUAAAAUCUAUAAAUUAAGAAUCUUUAAGAAUCUGAGAAUAUUUUACACACAAAAAAACACUUGUGAAAAAGUGGAGUAUAGAUUUUUGGAACGAAACGCUUCAAAUAUGACUGUCAGACUGGAAUAGUAUAGGAUGUUGUGUGUCCUCUAUUCAUUCUAUCUUCAACAUGCAGUUCCAGAUACAGCCCUGCCAUUAGUUGAAGGCAGCCAAUCCAAUAGUUUCAGAAAAGCAGUCACUUCCUGAGAUCUGUAUUUAAAUAAUUUGUCAAAGUAGUUGCUUUCUCAGAUCUGUAUUCAAAUAGUUUACAGAAGUAGUUACUUUCUGAGAUCUGUAUUCAAAUAGUUUUAAAAAGUAGUACUUUAUUGGGAUCUGUUAUUCAAAUAGUUGUAGUCACCUCCAAAGUAACUAUUUGUUCCCCUGGAAAAAUAGUUACUUUCCACAAAGCAUAGUUAAAACUAAAGUUAUCACAGUUUUGGUGGGAAAAUCUACUUACCUCUCCCUCUUGUAUUUUACAGGUACCAGAUGAUUCUGAUAUCUCGGCCUAAGCCAAUACAGGCCCAGCUCCUAGCACCCUGUUGGUUGUCUUUGUCCCCAGCCGGCUACAUCCAAGCUAAAGAUGGGUCGGUUCCUCAACAUAAACCUCUGUGUGAGUCACCUGGGAGGGAGGACGUUAAGACUGUACUGCAAGCUCAGGUACCUCAUAACCAGCCUUAGAACCUUCCCUCACCUGGCCAAGACACCCCUAGCCUUGGACUUCCGUAGCUACUCCUUGCCUUCCUCUCCCCUGCCUCCCAGCUUUCCAAGGAAAGGCGCCCCCAAGAGCUUAAGGUUCAAACACAGGAGCUUGACCCCUGAGUACCUCCUUGGGGGUGGUACCAGAGGGGUGAGAUACUCCCAGGCGGUCCGUGUCUACUCAACCUUGAGUAGGCAUGAGUUGAAGGCUGAGGCCCCCAUCGGGGUCCUUCGCGAGAACAGCCUUCAGGAGGACAGCCAGACACCCUUUCAGCUGAGCAUGCUUUGUCUGGGUGAUUCUUUUAAUCACCUCUCCAGACACAUCAAUAUUUACUUCAAGAGAAAGGAUGUGACCCAGCAGUCCCCUGUUGCUGGGAAUGUGGGGUUUGUCGUCACAACUCAGGAGAGUCUGGGCAGCAGGCCACAGAGGCGUAGUCAAAGUAACAGGGCAGCCAGGGAGAGAAGAGCAAUGGAGGACAGGGAGACAACAACACAGCAGCCUUUGGAAAAUGAAGACGAGCUUGAGACGUCAGACAGCCAGACAGAAACAAGUUCCUCCCCCCAGCCAUAUGGUAGAAUGCAGUUAUUUCACAUCAGUUCCAUUGCCACCAGGUUUGGGGAAAGUUACAGUUAUGUUGCUCAUCACAUAAACUCAUCACAUAAACACCUAAAGUCAGUGUUCGCCAAAGGUUCGGCACAGGACUUCCUAGGUUCAACUCUGGAAGAGACUCUGGAGGAUCUGGCUUCAAGCAGAGUGUCGACCAGGGGGAUGAGGAGGAGGAAAACAAUAAAAAUAAGUCACAUUGAAAGUGUAAAGGAAGCUGAAGCGGCUCAGUUAAAGACUAGUGCACCUGUAGCUCAGACCACAGCCAUUCAGAAACCAGCCAUUGAAAGUGCUGAUAUCUCCAACAACUGGGAGGGAGAGGCAGAGGGCUACCUUCACUUUUCCCAGCACGUCAACAGAUACUUUGGAGCCAAAACCGUUACAGACGAAACCGAACUACCACCACCUCAAACAGAACAUCUGGUUGCGGACAACAUGCCAAACAGUAGGACGUAUCAACAGCAGUGUUCUAUACCUUCUACCUCCAGACAUGAACAAUCACCCACAGGGCUGAAGCAGGAAGAACAACCCAUUCGUCCCAAAUCCCUUUUCCACAUUAGCAACAUCACAACCAGUUUCGGUGAGAACUAUGCAUACAUGGCUAAUUACGUCAACAGCUAUUUCAAAGGCAGCUAUGAUGCCGUGGAGGAGGAGGAGGAGUUAGAGAGAGGUCCCAUAGAGGAACGCAGGGGAGAAUGGGAGAUGGAGUAUGGAUCCGUUAGGGUCCCGAAACCACAGCCUGCUGUAUCCUUCAUGGAGUGCCUUCUCAAUCCCCGUAGUGCCAUCCCCAGCCUCCUGGGGGGAUAUCUGGGGGACUCCUGGGCUCAGAGGAACCAGGCCCAGCCUGCCUCUAUGCUCAGUGAGGCCACACUUAGAAGAAUGGUGAGUCACCUUCAACACAACCAGGAAAUGCAAAUGAUCUGUGUGCUUGCUUCUGAUUUUAGAUGAAUUUACAUUAACCAGAUUUAGCAUUGAAGUCGGACGUUUACAUACACCUUAGCCAAAUACAUUUAAACUCAGUUUUUCACAAUUCCUGACAUUUAAUCCUAGUAAAAAUUCCCUGUUUUAGGUCAGUUAGGAUCACCACUUUAUUUUAAGAAUGUGAAAUGUCAGAAUAAUUGUAGAGAGAAUUAUUUAUUUCAGCUUUUAUUUCUUUCAUCACAUUCCCAGUGGGUCAGAAGUGUACAUACACUCAAUUAGAUUUUGGUAGCAUUACCUUUAAAUUGUUUAACUUGGGUCAAAUGUUUCGGGUAGCCUUCCACAAGCUUCCCACAAUAAGUUGGGUGAAUUUUGGCCCAUUCCUCCAGACAUUGCUGGUGUAACUGAGUCAGGUUUGUAGGCCUCCUUGCUCGCACACGCUUUUUCAGUUCUGCCCACAAAUUUUUAUAGGAUUGAGGUCAGGGCUUUGUGAUGGCCACUCCAAUACCUUGACUUUGUUGUCCUUUAGCCAUUUUGCCACAACUUUGUAAGUAUGCUUGGGGUCAUUGUCCAUUUGGAAGACCCAUUUGCGACCAAGCUUUAACUUCCUGACUGAUGUCUUGAGAUGUUGCUUCAAUAUAUCCACAUAAUUUUCCUUCCUCAUGAUGCCAUCUAUUUUGUGAAGUGAACCAGUCCCUCCUGCAGCAAAGCACCCACACAGCAUGAAGCUGCCACCCCCGUGCUUCACGGUUGGGAUGGUGUUCUUCAGCUUGCAAGCAACCCCCUUUUUCCUCCAAACAUAACGAUGGUCAUUAUGGCCAAACAGUUCUAUUUUUGUUUCAUCAGACCAGAGGACAUUUCUCCAAAAAGUACGAUCUUUGUCCCCAUGUGCAGUUGCAAACCGUAGUCUGGGUUUUUUUAUGGCGGUUUUGGAGCAGUGGCUUCUUCCUUGCUGAGCGGCCUUUCAGGUUAUGUCGAUAUAGGACUCGUUUUACUGUGGAUAUAGAUACUUUUGUACCUGUUUCCUCCAGCAUCUUCACAAGGUCCUUUGCUGUUGUUCUGGGAUUUAUUUGCACUUUUCGCACCAAAGUAUGUUAAUCUCUAGGAGACAGAACGUGUCUCCUUCCUGAGCGGUAUGACUGCUGCGUGGUCCCUUGGUGUUUAUACUUGCAUACUAUUGUUUGUACAGGUGAACGUGGUACCUUCAGGCGUAUGGAAAUUGCUCCCAAGGAUGAACCAGACUUGUGGAGGUCUACAAAAAAAUGUCUGUGGUCUUGGCUGAUUUCUUUUGAUUUUCCAAUGAUGUCAAGCAAAGAGGCACUGAGUUUGAAGGUAGGCCUUGAAAUACAUCCACAGGUACACCUCCAAUUGACUCAAAUUAUGUCAAUUAGUGUAUCAGAAGCUUCUAAAGCCAUGACAUCAUUUUCUGGAAUUUUCCAAUCUGUUUAAAGGCACAGUCAAUUUAGUGUAUGUAAACUUCUGACCCACUGGAAUUGUGAUACAGUGAAUUAUAAGUUAAAUAAUCAGUCUGUAAACAAUUGUUGGAAAAAUUACUUGUGUCAUGCACAAAGUAGAUGUCCUAAGCGACUUGCCAAAACUAUAGUUUGUUAACAAGACAUUUGUGGAGUGGUUGAAAAACGAGUUUUAAUGACUCCAACCUAAGUGUAUGUAAACUUCCGACUUCAACUGUACAUGAACAUGUUUUUUGUUAUUGUAGAAUCAGAUACUGAAAUAUUGAUAUUUCCAAUAGUGUUUUGUUUUUUUUAACCUGAUUUAAUUUAACACUAACAGAGAGCAUAUCCUCCUUUAGCUCUGACUGUGAUCAUUCCUUCCUCAGGUGAUGGGCAGGAGACAGGCAGAGGAGAUGACCCGUGCUUUGGUGUUCAGUCUACAACAGGCCUUCUCGCCUGAGGCCAUCACCGAAGUUGUCGAUGAGCUCAACACACACCUCAUCCGACACCCAGGAUGCAAAGCAGUGGUCUGGCAGGUUUGUACUCAAGGAGUGUCUUUACAAGAUCAGGUACUUUAAGAGUUUGCAUAGGGCUGUGACGGUAAUUGAAUAACAGCGUAACUGACGGUUAUGGAUGAAUAAAAUAACCAUCAAAACCAUUUAAAUAGGCCUUCAUUCAUUUAUUUUUAUUUUUUAUUGACUUUAUUUUCAUGUAGAUAAACUUUAUCUAAUAGCGGGCGUGUUUACUAAUGAUUAUAGGCAAUUGUUUUUAUAACUGUGUCUACAUUUCCUCCUCUUUCCAGCUGUAGUUUGAUGUUAUUUUAUACAAUUAACGUUUUCAUUGCAGGUUGGAUGUGUCUGACUAUUCAUUAAUUAUUCAACAGCAGUCGACAAGGUUGCUCUGGCUCUGAGGCCUAUAAUGCGCUAAUGUUGUGUCAAAUGGACAAUGCGCCAAUUCCAUCCAACCUGGCAUGGUGUAAUUUGAUACGGAAUAUUUUCUUAAUUUAUAGACUAAUCAAAGCUGAUAAAUAGGCUAUGGGAUGUUGCGUGUAUUUGUUUCUAUUUUAAUGAUUGUCAAUUUCAUCUUCAUACUAUCACAUAGCUGUCUCUCUCCUCUUACUUUCCUUGUCAAUUCAUUAUCUUAUAGCCUACUUUCGUAAAGCCUUAGUUAGGCCUAGGUUUUUUAAUACGUUUUAAGAAAGGAUAAAUAUUUGCUCUUGUGUCUGACAUACGCUGGUGGCUUUGAUUGGCGGGUCCUUUUUACGGGGGUGUGCGUGUGUGAGUUCACUGAUUCUCUCUAUAGGCCUAUAUGCCCAUUCAGAAAGUUUCCUAAAGUAGCCUGUCUGGACUCCUAUCUCUUUAAUAAGAAUCAAACGCUACUGUCAUGAUUUAAUCUUGUAAAAGGCCUAUUUUCACUAAAGGCCCUUUCUCACCAACUCCGUUAUUUUCGUCCGAAUAAUUAGGAAGAAAAAAAUACAAGUACAUGUCUUGUUUAUGACGCCGUUCACACCAAUCUCAAAAUAUCAUCCUGCCACAAUCCGACAAUUAUUUAUUUGGAACAGGUUUGAUUUUUGCGUCUUUUCGCAAUGCGAAAAUAAGCUGUUGACCAAUAGAACAUGUUAUCUGGGACACUGCCACUGACAGGCCGCACAUUGACAGGUCUGUGGGUUCGUUGUGUGAAUUAAUUUCUCUCUGCCUGUUUUUUACAUUUGCAAUGCAUCAGUGCAGCAAUGUGUCAAUUUAGCCAAUGUGAUCACAUCACAGCAGAGCUAGGCUACACAUCACUCUCGCCAUUCAAACUUCCCCGCCUGUUCAUUGCCAACGCUGUCGCCUAUGUUGUAGCCAUUCAGCAAGCUAGAGGAUUGAUCGAAAUAAGUUUCAAACUAUAUUGCUGUUCAUUGUCUAUAUAUAGGCUACUCGUUCAAGAGCUAGAGAGAUAGGGAACAGUGAAGAUAGAGAGAUGUUAAAGUUAAUUAAUGUAUUAAUGCAUCAUUCAUAUAGCCUAAAUAUUAGGCUACAGUAUGCACACAGUGGCCAGUGUAUUAGGUACACCACCCGGUUUAUGAAAAUGGUUGACACUUACAGUGAGUCAUGUGGCCGUGGCUUGCUAUAUAAAGCAGGCAGAUGGGCAUUGAGGCAUUCAGUUACUGUUUGAUUGAACGUUAGAAUGGGCAAAAGGAGUGACCUAAGCGACUUUGAGCAUAGUUUGAUCGUCGGUGUCAGGCACGCCGGUUUCAGUAUCUUAGAAAUGGCCAGCCUCCUGGGCUUUUCACGCAUGACAGUGUCUAGGGUUUACCAAGAAUGGUGCUACAAACAAAAAAACAUCCAGUCACCGGCAGUCCUGUGAGCGAAAAUAGCUCGUUGAUGAGAAAGGUCGAGGGGGAAAGGCAAGAAUCGUGCAAGCUAACAGGCGGGCCACAAACAGGCAAAUGACACAGUACAACAGUGGUGUGCAGAACGGCAUCUCGGAACGCACAACUCGUCGGUCCUUGUCAUGGAUGGGCUAUUGCAGCAGACGUCGUAUCAACUAAAAACAAGAAGAAGCGGCUCCAGUGGGCACGCGAUCACCAACACUGGACAAUUGAGGAGUUGAAAAACAUUGCCUGGUCCAACAAAUCGCGGUUCCUGUUGCGUUAUGCUGAUGGCAGAGUCAGGAUUUGGCUUAAGCAGCAUGUUUCCAUGGCCCCAUCCUGCCUGGUGUCAACGGUACAGGCUGGUGGCGGUGGUAUAAGGGUGUGGCACACAUUAGCUCCCUUGAUACCAAUUGAGCAACGUUUGAACACCACACCUUGUAGAAUCCAUGCCCCAAAUAAUUCAGGCUGUUCUGGAGGCAAAGGGGGGUCGACCCGGUACUAGAUGGGUGUACCUAAUAAACUGGCCACCGAGUGUAUAUUAAAGGCCUGCUAAAGUGAAUCUAGGCGACCACCUGUGCUAUACCAACCCUUAAAAGACAGAGUGAAAAAAUGUCAGCCGGAGUUUACCCUUAUCAAUAAGUGGUUGCACAGAUUUAGCUAAAGCUCUCACAAAUUAAAAUGUAGUGUCAACAUAACCACCCAUUAGGCUAUGGACAGGUUGGCUGAUCAUUAGGCUAUGGACAGGUUGGCUGAUCAUUAGGCUAUGGAGAGGUUGGCUGAUCAUUAGGCUAUGGACAUGUUGGCUGAUCAUUAGGCUAUGGACAUGUUGGCUGAUCAUUAGGCUAUGGACAGGUUGGCUGAUCUUUAGGCUAUGGACAGGUUGGCUGAUCAUUAGGCUAUGGACAUGUUGGCUGAUCAUUAGGCUAUGGACAUGUUGGCUGAUCAUUAGGCUAUGGACAUGUUGGCUGAUCAUUAGGCUAUGGACAUGUUGGCUGAUCAUUAGGCUAUGGACAGGUUGGCUGAUCAUUAGGCUAUGGACAGGUUGGCUGAUCAUUAGGCUAUGGAGAGGUUGGCUGAUCAUUAGGCUAUGGACAUGUUGGCUGAUCAUUAGGCUAUGGACAGGUUGGCUGAUCAUUAGGCUAUGGACAUGUUGGCUGAUCAUUAGGCUAUGGACAUGUUGGCUGAUCAUUAUGCUAUGGACAGGUUGGCUGAUCAUUAGGCUAUGGACAUGUUGGCUGAUCAUUAGGCUAUGGAGAGGUUGACUGAUCAUUAGGCUAUGGACAUGUUGGCUGAUCAUUAGGCUAUGGACAGGUUGGCUGAUCAUUAGGCUAUGGACAUGUUGGCUGAUCAAUAGGCUAUGGAGAGGUUGCGUGCAUGUGUUUCUAUUUUCUAAUUGUUGUCAAUUUCAUCUUCAUGCCUACCACAGCUGUCUCUAUACAGUAUAUCCCACUUAACUUUCCUUAUCAAUUUAUAUGAUAGCCUACAUUGAUUUAGCAUUAUGCUAUAAUGUAGGCUAUUUCUUUGAUAUCCUACAGAAAUGAAUUUUACAACUUUUUUAUACAUUUUUGGGAAAGGACAAUUGUGAUUUGCUUAUGUGUCUGAGUGAGAUGCUGUCCUUUGAUUGAUGGGUCCUUUUAGGUGGGUGGGUGUGCGGGUAUGAGUUUAUGUCCGUUCAGAAAGUUUUCUAAAAUAGGCCUUCAACUCUUUAAUCAGAUUUUCUUUUUAACGGUCUCUUAUUGCAGGGUCAGCAUAUAUGCGAAGAAUGACGACAGGUUCCAGUUGUGCAUUUCCUUUCUUAUUAAAUGUGGUACAACUGAAUGAAAUAGCCAAGCUCCUUUCAUGAUUCAUCAAAUAGGAUGCAUAGCCUAUAUCCUAAUAUUUGCAUUAGUAUAUUAUUUUUCCAGUAGUAUAUGAUUUUUCUCUUAUUACUGCGUCCACUUUAAACAACAUAUGACCACAGAGAAUGACCGCAGCAGCAUUGGUGACGUUAUAUGAAUUGUUUGGAAAAGUGGAGGGAUUAUUAUUAUUAUAUUAUUAAAAUUGCAUCAGACUUUGUGUGAAUGGUUUAGUGCGUCAAAAUCGGAAUCUGUAUUUUUUCGGAAUUACUCUCCAAUCGGACAUUUCUUAAUUUGUAUACUAGACUAAUAUUUAGAGGUAAUAAUAACUUGAAUAAUAAUAAUGAAAUGCUACUGAUAAUAAUGUAGUGUAAUGGUAAUAGUGAAGUUGCAGUGAAAAGCCACGUGUCGUGUGUCGUCGCCCCCCCACCCCCAGUCACAGCCCAGAGAACCAUAAUCCAAGAAGAUUAUAGAUGAUGAUGCUUAUUUUGUGAUUUUUUUCAUCAGUCAUGUACUACUUCAAUCAUCACCUAUUCAAUAAUGUGUCUUUCAUUCCAGGAGAAAGCUGCUGUUCAGCUCUUAAGACAACGGCGAAGCCAUAGAGAAGACCAGGAACUUCAGAGUGUCAUUAGGGAAACCUUGGCUCUGAUUGGCUAUGUGGAUCCAGUCAAAGGUCGUGGAAUCCGAGUGCUCUCAAUCGAUGGUGGUGGCACAAGGUACUGAUCCUUCUCCCCAUGGUUAAAUAAUAAUAAUAAUAUGCCAUUUAGCAGACGCUUUUAUCCAAAGCGACUUACAGUCAUGCGUGCAUACAUUUUUGUGUAUGGGUGGUCCCGGGGAUCGAACCCACUACCCUGGCGUUACAAGCUAACCCACUGAAGUAUUACAAUGAACUGUAACUGUUAUAAAGGCAUACAAGCACUUUUUAUUAAAUGGUAGUAAUUUUUUUUUCUCUUUAAUCACUUUUCUGUUUUCUCUCCUGUCACUUUUCAGAGGGGUGGUGCCACUGCAGGUCCUCAAGCAGCUGGAGGCAGAAACAGGCAAGCAGGUUCACCAGCUGUUUGACUACAUCUGUGGAGUGAGCACAGGUAAGAAAAACCCUGACUCACCUACACAUCUAGGAUUCCCAAACAACACCUGAGCUUGAAUCAUUUAACCGUUGUCAUGCAAAUGAUUAGUAUUUUCCUGUCUGUUUGUCCUUCUUUUGUGUGACAGGGGCAGUGUUGGCCUUCAUGCUUGGCCUGGCCCGUUUCUCUUUAGAGGAGUGUGCGGAUAUGUACCGUCGCUUUGGCUCAGAUGUGUUCCGUCAGAAUCCCCUGGUGGGCACAGUGAAGAUGGGCUGGAGUCACUCCUACUACAGCACCGAGACCUGGGAGAUGAUACUGAGGUAUGCCAGUUUACUGUUCAGUCAAAUCAAAUCAAAAUUGUAUUUGUCACAUGUGCCGAAUACAACAGGUGUAGACCUUAAUGCUUACAAGCCCUUAACCAACAAUGCAGUUUUAAGAAGAAAAAAAAUAGUAGGUAAUAUGUACAUGUAGGUAGAGUUAAAGUGACUAUGCAUAGAGAGUAGCAGCAGCGUAAAAUAGGGGGUGUGGGGGGGGGGGGGGUGGCUACCCGGAAUGCAAAUAUUCCGGGUAGCCAUUUGAUUAGCUGUUCAGGAGUCUUAUGGCUUUGGGGUAGAAGCUGUUAAGAAGCCUUUUGGACCUAGACUUGGCGCUCCGGUACCGCUUGCCAUGCGGUAGCAGAGAGAACAGUCUAUGACAAGGGUGGCUGGAGUCUUUGACAAUUUUUAGGCCCUUCCUCUGACACCGCUUGGUAUAGAGGUCCUGGAUGGCAGGAAGCUUGGCCCCAGUGAUGUACUGGGCUCUACGCACUACCCUCUGUAGUGCCUUGCGGUCGGAGGCCGAGCAGUUGCCAUACCAGGCAGUGAUGCAACCAGUCAGGAUCCUCUCGAUGGUGCAGCCGUUGAACUUUUUGAGGAUCUGAGGACCAAUGCCAAAUCUUUUCAGUCUCCUGAGGGGGAAUAGGCUUUGUCGUGCCCUCUUCACGACUGUCUUGGUGUGUUUGGGCCGUGAUAGUUUGUUGGUGAUGUGGACACCAAGGAACUUGAAGCUCUCAACCUGCUCCACUACAGCCCCGUCGAUGAGAAUGGGGGCAUGCUCGGUCCUCUUUUUCCUGUAGUCCACAAUCAUCUCCUUUGUUUUGAUCACGUUGAGGGAGAGGUUGUUAUCCUGGCACCACACGGCCAGGUCUCUGAACUCCUCCCUAUAGGCUGUCUCAUCGUUGUCGGUGAUCAGGCCAGCCUUGCUUGAAUCAUAAUGAUGAAUUCUUGAAUUCUUAAAAUGUCAAACCAUGGUUCUGCUCUCAUGUGUUUACCGUUUGUAUUUCAUUGGACCUUCUACAGAGAGAAGAUGGGCGACCAAGUUCUGAUUAAAACAGCCAGGGAUGAGUUGAGCCCCAAGGUAAUGUCACUCUACUCACUCUGCCCUUUUCAGCCAUUGUUAAUAUUAUGUGUGUGUUACCCAUUCUUACAUUCAUAUGGUGAAAAUUGACCGUGGUGUUUUUCUAAAUCGUUGUUCAGGUGUCAGCAGUGAGCGCGGUGGUGAACUGGGGCACCAGUCCCAAGGCCUUUAUCUUCAGGAACUACAACCACAGCCCAGGCCGUCUCAGUCGCUACGCAGGGGGGUCUGGGUACCAGAUGUGGCAGGCGGUGAGAGCGUCGUCCGCCGCCCCAGGAUACUUCCAGGAAUUCCCCUUACACAGUGACAUCCAUCAGGUAAGACUUUAUUGGCUUCUACUCUCUGUUUCUGAUAGCCCAUGCUGGCUGAGACUGUGGUUGUUUAAUAGAGGUGAAAUCCGCUAUAAAAGCACUGCAUAGAUCAAGCUAAUGCCCUUAUAAUUUCUGUUGUUUGAGAGGGGUGUGGGAUUCAGGACCCUUGAUAGGAAAAAUACGUGCAAUGCUGUUAACUGUAAUAUUUUUUAGUUCAGAGUGAGAUGCCCCAUGUACAAUGAAAUUCAUUGCAUGUCAUGUGUACCAACAGUUCCUGACUCAAAAUGCAUGUCCCUUUGUAGGACGGUGGCCUCAUUCUAAACAAUCCUUGUGCCCUCGCCAUCCACGAGAGCCGUCUCCUGUGGCCCAACCAGCCUUACCAGUGUGUCCUGUCGCUAGGCACCGGUCGCUAUGACAAUGCUAAGCGGAGCCCGGGCACCUCCACCAGCCUGCGUGCCAAGAUCAACCACCUGAUCUGCAGCGCCACCGACACAGAGGGGGUCCACACCCUCCUGGACGACUUGCUGGCCCCAGACGUCUACUUCAGGUUCAACCCCAUACUGAGUGCCGAGGUAUCCCUGGAUGAGAGCAGCGUCAGGGCCAUGGAGCAGCUGCAGGCUGACACCCAGCUCUACCUGGACAGGAACAAGCCCAAGAUGGCCAGGCUGUGUAAGGUGCUGGGGCAGGAGCGCACUGCGCUGAGCCACACCAAGGACUGGGUCAGUGAGAGAGCCUGGGAGAUGCAGCAGAGCUGGGUUUGAGGGUCAUAGGUCACAGGUCACAGGUUAGGCCACACACAGGCACAGCACAGUCACAACUCGGCUCUGGAGGAGAGUGGUAGGGUUUUGUUACUCAGUGCCUGUAGUUUUAUACCCUGUUUUUAUUUUUUCAGCUUUGGAGCAAACUGUUCCUUCCUCCCAAAUGCAUACAUACACCUUUCUGUUUAAAUUACUGUGUAAGUACGUGUUUCUAUAUAUGAACACUAAAAUGAGGAAAUACAUAGAUGGAGCUCUGUUACUCUAUUGCUUUAAAAGGGCUCUGUCUGUUACUCAUGCAUUUAUGUAUGCAAAAUCAAAACUGCAUAGUAAUUUAUAUAUUCAGUGCUGUAUAUGUAUUAGUAUGAGGAUGCACUCCUUAAUGGAGUAAGAUUUACUGUGAAUCAAAUGGCUGGACUAUUGUUAAGUAUAUUUGUCUGACAUUUUCCUAUUUGUGCACUUCCAGACCUAGGAUCUAAUACUAUUUAGGGUAUUUCAAUUAGUUUCAAAGACAUUUGGAAGUAAGUAUUUAAAUAUUCUUUAUUUAAUAAGACAAGUAGUUGAUUAUUGGAAUAUAUUAGGAAAUACACUUGGAAAGUAUUUGAAAAUACUCAAAUACAUUGACUCAAAUACACUCCCAUGCAUUUAACUGAUGAAUUUGAAAAUAGUAUUUGAAAUAAGUUUUUGAAAAUACUUUCAAGAAGUAGGCUAUUUAUAGGGAAUAAUUUGAAAAUAAUUUCAAAUAAUUCCAAUAGAAGUAGUUGAUUGGGGCCACAUUAUUUGAAAAUACUCAAAUACACAGAAAAUAAAUA